UUGUUCGGAUCGUUUUGAAAAAAAAAAGGAAAAACAAAAAACAAAUCGAUGUAUUGAACGGAGUCGGAAAAUAAGAUAAAAAAAGAAAAAGACAAAAAACAAAAUAAAAAACUUAAAGAAAAUUUUUCUUUUUUUCCCUUCUUUUCUUUUCUAAACGCAGUGCAAAGAAAAAUGUAGAAAUAAGUUGGAAAAUUUUUAUAAAAUUAAAUGUAAUUGCUGUUAUAUCACUCGUUUUCUUUCGUGUUUCAGUGUUCAUCUUCAAUAAAAUGAUUUAAGAAAAUUAAAAACCUAAAAAAAAAAAAUAAAAAAAAAAUUAAAAGAGAAAAUAAAGAAAAAUUUAAUGAAAAUUACUUCUUUCUUGGAAAAUUAAAAAUAUACAAAAAAAAAGUGAAAAAAAAAUACAAAAAAUAAAGGAAAUUUUCAGAUUUAAAUAAAAAGAAAUGAACUUUUACCGUUAUUAUUAUUGUUUUUAAUUUAUUGAAGAAGAUUGUGAAGAAGACAAAAGAAAAAUAUAAGGAAUAAAAAAUAAAACACUCUCAGGAUACAAAAGGAAAAAUCCUUAAUUUGAGUGCAAUUUUAUAAAAAGAUUUUUUUUUUUUCGGAAAAUCAACAACAAAAAAUAAUAGUUUUGGCUAUGUAGUUGGAAAAUGAAUCUACUGUUCGAAAAUUUAUUAUAAAUUUUAUAAAAAUAAUAAAAAAUCAAUAUUUUUCAUAUAAAAAAUUAUAUAAUGUCAUGCCAAAGGACCCCGCCAGCGAGUCCACGUGCACCAAAAAUACAACAACAAUCAUGGGAUGACUGUGAUUCACCACCAAUUGAUUUAUUUGAUCCAUAUCGUCAAAAUAUAGCAAGUCCUCCAAGAAGUCCAUCACAUCGAAAACAACCACCGAUUAUAUUGCAACAGCCUCCAAAAUCUCCAAAAUCAUCAAGAAAAUAUAGUAAAACAUCAAAUAACGUAAAUUGUUAUUAUGAUACACCAUCCGUUGUCUCAUCAGUACGUAGUCCAACAGCAAAUGUUGGUGUACAUCAUCAUGGAACAUCACGUUCAUUUAAUAAUUUUCAAGUAACAUCAAAUAAUAGUCCAAAAUAUGAGAAUCCACCACGUAGCCCAAAAAUUACUACAACUUAUGCAAAUGAUGAUGAUGAUCAUGGUAGUAAUAAUGGUCAUGGUGUUGGUGUUAUUGUUAAUAACGGUGAUAUUAUAGAUAAUGAUGACGAUGAUUGUAUAACAUCAGCUUCAUCAUCAACAUCAUAUUAUCAGACACCGACAUCUGGUUCAAGAAGUCCAAAACAAUGUGGUGGCAGUGGUGGUGGUGGUAAUAGCGGAAGUAUUGGAAGCGGUGCAGGUGGAUUCAAUAGUACAGGUUAUUAUACUGAUAGUCGAAAUCAAUCACCACGUCCAAGUCCAAAAUCACCAAGAAAAUUUGUUUUUGAUGCGAUCAGUCCAAGUUAUGAACAAAAAGGUAAAAAAUUUGACUAUUAUGAUCCUUUAUCACCUGAAGAAAAACCACCUGUACGUCACUGUAAUAAUGCAAGUAAUAUAUAUCAUCAUUCGACAACAGCAACAGGUGGUCGUGAAUUACCAUAUACACCAGGUCAAACAAUUAAUCAACAUCAUUCAGCACGACGAAAUUCUAAAACAUGUAAAUCACGUCCAUUACCAAAUCCAAAUAUUAUUGCAAGUGGAUGUGAUGAUGAUAAUAUUAAUAGUGGUAUGGGAAUUGGUAUUGCUCUUAAUAAAACAUCGCGUAAUAAUUGCGAUCAAAAUUGUGAAAAAUCGCAACAUAAUAAUGAUACAUGUUGCAAUAGUAGAUAUUCACAUCAUAGUCAACAUUCAAAUAUACAUUCACAUCAACAUCAGCAACAACAACAGCAACAAGAACAUCAACAACAUUCACCACAUUUACUUGAUGAAUUCCCUACAGGUACAAGAAAUAUAUUUUUAAAAAGAGAUUCAUGCAUGACUGAAUCUACUCAAUUGUCUGGAGAUUCAGGUGAAACUAAUGGUACUAUUAAUACUAUGACAACAAGUUUAAGUUGUGAAAGCCCUGUACAAUCACAAAUGGGUUGUACAGUAAAAAUACCUGGCAAUGGUGGAAAUGGUAAAUGUCCAAUAAAUUCAAAUGGUGGAGUUUGUAAUAAUAAAACAUGUAGUAAUAGUGGAUGUACAUCAAGAAAUAUUAAUACUGGUGAUUCAAGUAGUUUUGCUAGUAGCAGUAAUAAUGAAAAUUCCAAUGGUAUAAAAAGAAAAGAAAAAGUUGGACGUAGACAUGCAAUCAAUAUUACAUCAAAUCCAGGAUAUCAGGUUUUACAUAGUUCACAUUCAACAUUAGACCGUACAUGCUCUGACAGUGUUGUGUCAUUACGUUAUCGUAAAUCAACAAGUGAUUUAACAAAUAUGGAUGAUUGUUGUAAUGGUAUUAAUAUCGGUGGCUAUAAUAAAUCCAUGUCUUCAUCAACAAAACAGAUACGAAGACGUGGUAGCUCAAAAGGUGGUCUUGCAUAUUUAGCAAGUCGUCGCAGUUCAAGGGAAUCAAUUAAAAGUGCUUGUUCAAAUGCAUCAAUAUUCUCGAAUGAAGAUGUUGGUCCAUUAACAUUUCAAUCAUCAACAAGGGGACGUCAAAGAAGGACAUCAAAUUUUCUUGAAUUGCCUGUUCCAGAUCAUAUAAGACCCCGAGUUUGUUCAUUACCUGAUCGACCAUAUAAUCCAAGGGUUAGCGAUGACUUAUAUAGAUUACGACAUUUUUCAAUAAGUAAAGGUACUGUUGUAAACUGUGGGGAUUCAAUUAUAUCAAGGAGGUCAAGGAGUAAUACAAGUGUUAAUUCAACAACAAGCAGAGCCAGUGAACGUUCACCAUUUGAUGGAAGCUGUUGUGGGGGAGGAUAUGCCAAUGUUGAUUCACUACCACCAUCACCUACAGAUAGUGAAGAUCCACCGCCACCUCCAAGGUACAGAAUUGUGAUGUUAGGUGAUUCUGGUGUUGGUAAAACAGCUUUAGUAUCACAAUUUAUGACGUCUGAGUAUAUGCACACAUACGAUGCUAGUCUAGACGUCCCUGAUCCGUAUAAUAUUUUAGACGAUGAAUUUGGCGAAAAAACUGUUAGUAUACUAUUGGAUGAUGAAGAAUCAGAAUUGGUAUUCAUUGAUCAUCCUAGUGUUGAAAUGAGUGUUGAAAAUUCUUUAUCAACAUAUGAACCACAUGGAUGUGUUAUAGUUUAUUCAAUUGUUGAUCGUAAUUCAUUUCGUGUAGCAGAAGAUACUGUCAAUUAUUUAUGGCGUGAAGGUGUUACUAAAGAAAAGGCUGUGAUUUUGGUAGCCAAUAAAUGUGAUUUAGCACGUUCCAGGAUGAUAACAAGCAAUGAGGGUAAAACAUUAGCAGCAAAUCGUGAUAUAAAAUUCAUUGAAACUUCUAGUGGCAUUCAACAUAAUGUUGAUGAACUCUUAGUUGGUACAUUAAAGCAGAUACGCCUGAAAGAGAAACGAGAUAAGAAAAUGGAAUCAAAGAUGAAAAGUUCAAGAACGCAUAUAUCAUUACAUUUGGCUAAAGAAAUAUUACAGAAAAUUUGUUUAACAGAUAUAACAAAAUCAAAAAGCUGUGAAAAUCUUCAUGUUCUUUAAUUAAAAAUGCCAAAAGAUUUAAUUAUAGGAAAUAACAUUAUAUUAAAUUAUCAUUUAUUAUUAUAUAACAAUAUAUAAUA